AUGAAAGGUAAAGAAAAAGAUAAUCUGAUGCUUGAUAAUACUUAUGAAGAUAAUACUCAAUCUGAGCAACAUAUUAACUCAUCUAGUGAUGAUGAUAAAGAGUCUCAUAACUUAAACGAUAAUGAAUCAAUUGAUGACAAUGAACUGAAUUUAGAUAAUUAUGAUGAUGACUUUUUUACAGCUCCAAACUCCAUUAAACUUGAUUACGAUUCAGAUCAGGAAAUCCUGAAACUAUGA